ACGGCAGCUCCCUCUGGCAACAUUCGUGCUACGCCUCCGUCUCCCGUCUUUGGAGAGGAAACCACCGUUCCUCACAAACCCGUACAUUCCCUACCUCCGCCGCGCUCCCAUACAACCAACAAAAGUCCGCUCAUGAUGCGCCGUAUACCGCGUUUCCCGCAGCCGAGCCUGCUCGCCGUGGCCCCGACCCACUGCACCUGCGCCGCCGCCGCACCAGCAACCCUCCCCAUCCAGGCCGCAGCACGGAGGACCCUCUCGACAACACCCGCAACGCAUAGCCGCCUCCGCAAGGCUCUCUGGAAAGGUGGCGAGGCUCCAGGGCCCGAGGAUCCCUACGCGAACGAGUCGUCCCAGGUCCUCCGUCAGAAGCAGCUCGAGCGCGAGCUCGCCGAAGCCGAGGCCGAGCUGGCAGCGUACGAAGCCGAGGCCCAGGGCUACACCAAUGCGCAGAAGAGCGACCGACAGCGGAAGAACGUCGUCACCCGGCUGACGAGCAAGAUCAAGAACCCGCGUACCUGGGCGCCGACUGAGAAGGAGGUUGAGGGGCAGGGCUAUAUCCCGGCCCAGUCCGUCGAGGGGCUCGAGGAGAUCGGCGGCCUCGACGGCUGGUGGGACCAGGAGGGCCGAUGGGGGAAGGAGAGCCACUACGUCGCCUUCGCGCGAGGCGGCAAGGUCCUCGACGCCGAUGUCUGUGAGGCGCUGGUUCGGCAGGCCGUUGUCGAGGUGCUCGCCGUCGAGCGCACGCGGAAGGACCGCCUGACGGGCGCCUGGGCCAAGGGCGGCCGCAAGAACUUUAACCGCGCGAUGAAGGUCCGUUUGAAUCUGCAGGAGGAUGGCAGCCUUGCGCUCGAGGGCGACGCCGACGUCGUGAACGCCAUCAGCCGCGUAUCUACCAUCGAGCCUAGAGACGCUGAGCUCGAGGACUACCUGACGCCCGAGGAGGCCAAGGAGAAGGCCAAGCAGUGGGACCCGAGUUGGAAGAGCGCCUCCCUGGAAGACGUGCAGCUCAAGUUCGCCGUCCACAAGCGCGUCCUCCAACUGACGGGACACCACGUCCACGACGCCAAGCUCGCGCAGAUCAAGACGGUGGCUGACCUCAUCAGCACCAUCGUCAAGCCUCCCAAGCCGACAAAGGUGGCGGACGCGCUGCGCGAGCGCGGCGCGCUGCUCGAGCUACCCAACGUGCGCAUCCACGACCGCCGCGUCACGCCCAUCGACAAGGAGACGGCCGUCGGCCGGUGGAAGGUCAUCACGGAGGAGCUCGAGAAGCGCGGCCUGCCCGUCACGGGCCACGAGCACCUCCCCAAGCCGGUGCAGAGGAAAUGGAUCCAGGGCCGGGCAUGAGCGGAGCUGGGUGGUCCGGCGGCGGAAGCAUAAGAUGGGGAGAGGAAGGGCAGGGGCAGACGCGGAGAGGCGGAGAGGCGGACGGAGAAAAGGAGAGGAACGUGUCUGGUAUAGAAGAGGCUUGUACAGAUAUUGUACUCUUUGUAACAUAUGGAAUAUCAUCGAUUCUUGCUCUGACA